AUUGUCCCAUCACCUUGGUUGUACCAAGUUGUACCAUGGCUACAACCUUCGUGACACCCAUUCUGGACCUUGGUGCACCAGCCUCCAGCAGGACGCGGCCGCUUCCGGAGACCAACUCUUUCGGCCGGCGACCGCUGGGACCGCUAGGACCGCUGGGAGUGCUGGGAGUGCUGGGACCGCUGGGAUUGGUGGCUGGAGCGGCUGGAGCGGCUGGUGUUGGAUGUGUUGGUGUAGCAUCGCGUGUGCCACGGAGAAGACGUACCACUUGGACCUGUCGCUUCGCCCAACGGCUGGCAGACUACUAUGAGAUUCUCAAAGUGAGUCGAAAUGCCAACGAGCGAGAGAUCAAGGCCAGCUUCCGGAAGCUGGCUCGUCAAUACCAUCCAGAUGUCAACAAGGAGCCAGGGGCACUGGAAAAAUUCCAGGAAAUUGCCAAAGCAUAUGAGAUUCUAGCUGAUGCCAGCAAAAGGGAACAAUACAAUCAGUUUGGUGAGGGAGCAGUGUCCAAUAGCGCUGGGCCAGAUUUGUCUAGCAUGGACUUAAAGGACAUCCUGGGCGACGUCUUCAACUCCUUUUUCAAUGGGAGUCCCGGAGGUCCAGGAGGUGUCCGAGCUCGCACUCAGACUGCCAAGAAACAAGGCGCCAAGAAGGGAGCAGACUUGGAGUGUAAGAUCGAAGUGCCAUUUGAUGUGGCAUGCUUUGGAGGUUCGCACUCAAUCCAGGUGCAACGAGAAGAGACCUGCAAGUCAUGCGGUGGCCGUGGCAUCACUUCAGAUGCUAGCAAGCACAAACGCUGCUCUAAAUGUAAUGGCACUGGUGCCACACAGCAGGUGAUGCAAACGCCUCUGGGUGUCAUGCAAACACAGUUGGUUUGUCCCAAAUGCCGUGGAUCCGGAGUCGAUCCGACGGCUUGUUGUCGUAGUUGUGGUGGCAAAGGUACUCAACGACGAGCACAGGAGAUUUCAGUGAACAUCCCGGCGGGCUGCAAUAUGGGCAGCAAAAUGCGUAUCAAGGGUGAAGGUGACAAGGGCGUUCGAGGAGGGCCACCAGGUGAUUUGUAUAUAACCUUGAAGAUUUCUUCUUCAAGGGACUUCGUGCGAGAUGGCAUUGAUGUCUACAAUGAAAAGGCCAUCAGUGUUUUCGACGCCAUGCUUGGCACCUCUGUGAGAGUUACCACGGUAGAUGGCUUCGCAGACAUCGAGGUGCCUGCGGGAACGCAGCCGGGAACCACCCUGCGGCUCCGUGGCAGAGGAGUUCCCAAGCUCAAUGAGAAUGGCGUAAGAGGAGAUCAUUAUGUGACCCUCAGGGUGGAGGUGCCAUACACUUUAAACGACGCGCAGCGCAAACUGGUUGCAAAGCUCAAGCAGGCAUGCGAAUGAUGCAUCGGAGGCAAGAAAUCUGUCCACCGUGCCGACUCAGCACUGACAGUCAGCUUCCAAGCAAACGAAACAUCG